AAGCUAAAGCUACUCCUGCUCAGUGAACAUCACCUCUCUCCUCCUCCUCCAUAUACCCCUCCUCGUCCUCUUCCUCCUCCCCUCAGUGCUGCUUGCACGUCUCGGACUAGAUUUCCGCUUCACAAUGUUUGGUCACUGAUGCGCAGUGGAGAGUUUCAGAGCGAUCGCGCAGAAAGGAGAGCGAGAGGAGAGAGGAAGGGAGAAGAAGGAGGUGUCGGACCUGCUCCACUGGGAUUCGGCUGCAGCUCGGCGCUCAGUGUUAUCGGCGGGUUCAGCUCACAAAAGCGGGACGGGGCUGCAAAUUCCUCUACAUGGCUGUGAGCGGCGUCUCGUAGUUUGGUCCUCUUCCGUCAAGGCUCCGCUUGGAUGAAAUAAACACAUCACCGAAAAAAGGGAGCACUCAUGGGGAGACUCGUCGCGCAAAACGCCCGGACUGUCUGACUGGAGCAUUUGGACGUUUUUAGAGUGGUCUGCCCAGGUCGCAGACCAAAGCGUGUUUUUUUAUAUUUUUGUUUUGGCUUGUUUUUUAUUUUUGCCUUUAGCUGGGUCUGUGUAGUUUUUCGGGGCUCCGGUCAUGGCGGACCAGGAGGAGACGUUUGCCGUCCAGAACUCUCCGGGAGGUUCGGAUUCAAGGGAAUUACAGAACGAUAAUAAACCCGAGAAACAGAACGGGACUUCGGGGAAAUCCCCAUCAUCGCAGACAACUUACAUCCAGCAGGGAAUGGAAGGCAUAAAGGUCUACCUGCACGAAAGGGAACUGUGGAUCAAGUUUCACGAGGUGGGCACGGAGAUGAUCAUAACCAAAGCUGGACGGAGAAUGUUCCCCAGCUUCAAGGUUAAGGUGACUGGAUUAAACCCCAAAACGAAGUACAUUCUCCUGAUGGACGUGGUUCCUGCGGAUGAUCAUCGAUACAAAUUUGCCGACAAUAAAUGGUCUGUGACCGGGAAGGCAGAGCCCGCUAUGCCCGGGAGGCUCUACGUUCAUCCGGACUCCCCGGCCACGGGGGCGCACUGGAUGAGGCAGCUGGUCUCCUUCCAGAAGCUGAAGCUGACCAACAACCACUUGGACCCGUUCGGACACAUCAUUCUCAACUCGAUGCACAAGUACCAGCCGAGGAUUCACAUUGUGAAAGCGGAUGAAAAUAACGGCUUUGGCUCCAAAAACACGGCCUUCUGUACUCACGUUUUCCCGGAGACAGCAUUCAUUGCGGUCACGUCUUACCAGAACCACAAGAUCACACAACUAAAGAUUGAGAACAACCCGUUUGCAAAAGGCUUUCGUGGAAGCGAUGACAUGGAAUUACACCGGAUGACCAGAAUGCAAAGCACCAAAGAGUACCCAGUUGUGCCUCGUAGCACGGUGCGACAGAGGGUCGGCUCCAGCCACAGUCCGUUCAGCGGGGACGUCCAGGGCAUGGCCACGCCCAGCACCCUGAGCUCCCAGUACUCCCAGUGUGAAAACGGGGUCACAAGCACCUCCCAGGACUUGCUGCCUCAGUCUGGCUCCUACCCACUUCCACAUGAGCACGGACAAGAUUACUGCAUCAAGAGAAAAGGGGAUGAUGACUGUCAUUCAGGCGAACACGGCUAUAAGAAGCCAUACCUGGAAAGUUCUUCCAGCGAGGAGGACCACUACUAUCGUCCCGUUGGCUACCACCAGAGCCUCAGUCUUGCCAGCGGGGCCUACCGCAGCGAGUCCAGCCAGCGGCAGGCCUGUAUGUAUGCCAGCUCCACACAAGGUGCAGAACCUGUUCCCAGUUUGGAGGACAUCAGCUGCAACACGUGGGCCAGCGUCUCUCCUUAUGGCAGUUGUUCUGUCACCACCAUGCAGCCGAUGGAGAGGCUCCCCUAUCAGCAUUUUUCCGCUCACUUCACCUCAGGGUCUCUGGUGUCCAGACUAGGAGGGGUGGGUGGACACGGCUCUCCACAGCUGGGUGAGGGCCACCAUGCAGCGAUGUACCAGAGCUCCAUGGCCCACCAGACUCUGGGCCGCCAGUGCAGUCCUGGAGCUGGGAUCCAGUCACCGACAGCUGGCUUACAGGGAAACGAGUACCUCUAUGCACACGGCAUACCACGCACUCUAUCGCCACACCAGUAUCACUCUGUACAUAGUGUAAGCAUCAUGCCAGAGUGGAGUGAGAACAGCUAAGAAUCGAACAAUUGCAUACAUUGAAGAGGAAACAAAAGAAAAUGGACCAAAUAAAGCAACAUUGGGUCAGUUAUAUUUAUAUUUCCAAGGACUUGUUGCAGUUAAUCUUAAAAGGAACAUUCUUUCUUCAUUGAGGAAAGUUGAUAUUCGUUGGGUGAUUUACAUUGAGAUAAGUGGGUAUCUUAUCAAGUAGGUCUUUUUAGCAGAAUCUGCACUUAUAAAGAAGCAACAUGAACACAAAAACAUUGUGCUGGACCAGGACACUCAUGAAGCCUGCUCAAGUGCAGAGGAAGCUGACACUGAACAGAGCAGAAAUGCUUCAGAUGCUUGAACAGGAUGCUCCAGGUUAAAGGUGUUUUUCUGCAGCGUUUUGUUUUGAAUGACAGCAGAAAGCUGUUGUAUUUCCUGAAUGUUUGUCCUUUCUCACAUUUUCCUGACCAGAUAGUGUCUAUGACAUUUUUGUAGCAAAUUUAUGUUGUAAAAAAAGGAAAACUACAGACAGGGCUUAUUGUCAGUUUUGUUGUGGCUCUUUGGUCAAUGUGGUUUUUCCUUAAAUCAGAAAGUUGGUUUUAUUUGCUUAUAGGUAGAUUCAUUUAUUUACAUUCAAGUCAAAUACCUCAAAUCAAUUUUAUUAGGUUUAUGAGACAAUAGCUUGAAAACAUAUACAUACCUCUUAAAUAUUUUCACAAUUCACUUCAGUGUAUUUAUUGGGAUUUUAUGAAAUAGCCCAGCGAAAAGUAGUGCAUAAGUGUGAAAGUGUCAUAAAAAUGAUGCAUGGCUUUCAAAAUGCUUUACAUAUAUAAAUCUGACACAUGAACACUCAGACUAAAUCUAAUUGACUAAACAGCUUAAUCAAUUAAAUUCGAUCUUCAAGGAGAAGGCAUCAUAUUUUUUUAUUAAAAAAAGAAAAGCCAAAUGUAGUUUCAUUAUUUGAUUUUACAUGUUUUGAAAUAAACAUGGAAUACUUGAAGUGGUCAGAUUUCUAGUAGUGUGAUCUUUAAUUUAAGGAUCAACAAUGGGAUACAUUGUUGGUUUUUUGUAGGUUAACGAUUUCCAGGCUAACAGUUUCCCCCGGCCCCCAUGAACUGAUGUUAGGGUGAUCAGUUUUCCACCUCACCUAUGUGUAUGUGUGCACCUCACAUGUAUCUCCUACAUGUCUUGUGCAAACAGGAACACGCCAUCAGGACUUCUUGUGGUUUUCUUUCACCAAUGACUUUCUUGCAACUCUUCCAUAAGGGCCAUAUUUGAAGAAUCCACAUGUCAGAUUCUCAAAGCUAAACCGUGGGCCUCAUUAGCUGUCCUUGAGUUGGUUAAAGGGAUAGUCAACUCCCUUUAGCCAUCCUGUAUCCCUUGAUCUCCCUGUCAGGCCUGUUGAUUUAGUUUGACGGACAUGCCUUUGUGAGUUUGCAGUUGUGCCAUAGUUUUGAUGAUAAAUUGAACAACGUUCCAGACGUUUUUUUAAAUCUGGGGACAUUGCUUAUCACAACCCUGCUUGAAACCUGACAGGCAUGUUAAGGGUUUUCUUCCAUCUGUCCAUGUAAUUUAUAGAAGUUGAAUUUUUAAAUGAUGCCAUGUAUCUUUUCCUGUUCACAAUUAUGCACAACUUUUUUUAUUCGGAAAAUCCCAAUGAAAUAACCAGUAGCUGUUUCUGCAAUGAAAAAAAGUUCAUCGCAGAGGCCUUUACCGCACCUAUUGCUGCUGAGUGCAUUCAAGAUUUGAUAGGCAUGUCAAUAUCAUGCCAACUCUCUCCCAACAAAUUCCAGAAAAAGCUAUAUCGAGGCACCUAUUUUUUGUGCAUGAAAUUAGAUUAAAUUAGGGUUUCUUUUUAGUUUAUUUUUUGCUCCAGUAAUUAUCCCAAUAUUCAGCCAUUUUCUUUUCCUAGGUAUCAUUGAGCUACUUCAAUCUUAGGACUGCCAUUGCAGCGUUAGUGGAGUAUGAUUUUUAUAUGAUUGUGUCAAACUGUCCAGUGCAGUAAAUAUGUAAACGAUAUGCAUUCUAUGCAUACUAUAUCAACCUUUCACCGCCACGAUAAAACUUUUGAACUAGCCCUUUAAAAAAUUUUAAACAAUACAUUUUUAUUAAAUGAAUGAAGGGUUUAGACUUCUCACAUUUUGAAACACCAGAUUUGUUUCUGAAUGAUGGCUUGUAUCACAACAAAUUGCCGCUCUUAAUAAUAAAUAGCUAUGAGUCAGUUGAUAAGAUGGCCCUUAUGUUGAGAUGCAAUGAUGCACACAAUGAAGCCGUUACUGUAUGAAGAAGGCAUAAACUUGAUAUGCAACAUUUUGCAUCGGUGAGGAGUUUAAAGAUUACAUCAGAAAAAGCAAAAACAUCUAAGAAAAUAUUUGAUUAUUUUUUCAGGAUGGAAAACAACAAGACUUUCAGUAGAUAACAGAAAAGCUGAAUGGAUUAAAACAAAUGGGUUGAAAUUUUCUUAGGCGUAUUCAAGGAAACUGCUGUCUUUGUAAUGCUAAUUGUGCUAAAGACAUUGAUUCCCAAUAUAAGAAGCAAAACAUUAAUUCCAUCAUUUUCAUUGACAGUGACCGCUCACUUGCAAAUGUAGCAUGAAGUCAGUUUUGCCCAUUAUGAAAACAAUAGUAGCCUCUAAAUAUGCUAGCUUUGGAAAAUCCAGUACCCCAACUAAUUUUAUGAAAAAUUAAAAAAAGUUUUUAGAAUCCCAUUUGGAUUAAGAUUAAAUUUUACAAGGAUAAAUCCUAUCGAAUUAAAAAAAAAAAAUCUUAAUACUAUAAGCUCUUCUUCAAAGGCAGUUUAGUUCCUUAGAGCUUUCCAUUAAAAAUUUGCUUUGAUUUCAGGACAUAAUACUGUUGAAAUAUUUUAAAUCAAAUGCCAGCAGCUACACAUGCAUUUAGAUUAGCAUUUAUCUUCUUUUUUGUAUGUGAUGGCCAACAACAACAUAGUGUGGAUAACAUUAAGAUUUCUGAUUCUCUGACUGGAUAUUGUGUGUUUAUACAGACCCAUGUUGUACCAGGUAAUUGUGUUUUCUGAAAUAUUUCACAUCCAACAUCAGGAAAUUUUCUUUAGACAGUCAAAGAUGAAAAAUAGAAGUUGAACCUGACCUUGACAUACAGCAAAAAUCUGUUUCAUAUUUGUGAUGAGUAUGUUUGAGAGUUUUUGGGUUUUUUUCUUUUUGUCAUUUGGGGGAAGGCUAAAUCUCAAGUGCUUGUAGUUAAUAGCAUUUUCUGUCAAUAGUAUUUAUUUUUGUAACUCUGCAAAUCUGCCUUCUUUGCCAGGUUUAAAGAUGGUUGGCCCAGUUUAUUUUUUUAUAGUCCAGUUUUUAUGAUUGUACAGAAUUUUCUAAUCAUACUCAUAUAGAUCAUAGGACUUUACUAUACAGCUGUCAAGAAGUACCCAAGACUGAACAAAUGAGGACAUGCCUAACUUUGUAAAUAAGCAUGUAAAUAGCAAAAUACCUGCAAUAAAUGUAAAAAUUUAAAGCA